CUCCCCCAACGUAAACAAGUAAACAACGGCCGCCUGACGCUCAUCGCCAGUCGUUCCCCUCCAACGUCCUGCGCCGCUUGAGCCACGUAUCAAUGCGGUUGAGUAUGAUGCCAACAACAAAGAAGAAACUUGGCUCGAUCGGUUUGUUUAUGCGGCAGGCCGACGGGACAGUAGGUGGUGGUCCCGGUAGCAACCCCAGGGCAGGAGUAGUGGGCCUGCCUGCAACGCCUGCGCCUGCUUCGUCGGGACAUGGAUCGAGGCCCGGAAGCCACGCGACAUCCCAUGCGCAGCCUCCACAGCUGCAGCCCCCACCCGAAAUCACCGCGGCGCGGCAGGAACGACAGCUUCCUGACACGCCCGCAACUGCCAGGACAUUACCCGUGCCAAAAGCUGGUUGGUACGCGGCCGCAUCUCAGCCAACCGCGGCGAUGAGCGUCCCUGCGGAACAUUAUCACCCAAUGCAGCGCACCAGGACCGCUGCCUCGGACACCGGGCGCGAAACGCAGCGGGGCCACAACGCGUGGGAGGACUCGACAAUAGCCUCCAUGUUUGGCGACAACGAGAGCAGGUCUGCAUCGGAUAGGCUUCGCGCGCACCAGGGAGGCCACGGCCGCCACUACAGCGAUGCCCCGCCGCCGCAGAGGACGCGCCAACUUCAGCCCGCCCUCACGCAGCCCAAGCCUGACGAGAAACUGAACCUGCCAUUCGUCAUUGGCGAGGGCGGUCUCCUCAAGGUCGUCCCGGCUCCCAGUGCUCAUCAGGCGCCCGAGACGGUCCCCGUGGCCAACAAUGCCAUGCCGGGUGGCAUCUUCGAGGACCAGAGCGUCAAGACGGAGGAUGUAUUUCAGGAAACCCCGCAGCUCUAUGAAACGCCCACCAGACGCAGCGGACUCAGGCGGACGAGGCUAGCCUAUCGAGACACGCGCGACACGAAGAGCAACGGAUCACCACAACGAUCAGGCUCAGGUUAUUCACCAGAAUCACAGAGCCUGGACCUGUCUCCAGAGCGACAGGCCGAUGCGGGAAACCAUAUCGACAAGAUCAGGUUACAGGAACGGCUCUCGCGCGACCGGGAGCGGCAGCGUGAGCGAGAACGCGAGAGAGAAAGAGAACGGCAGCGUCAGCGAGAGCAUGAGCUCCAGCACAAGCGGUCCACCAUAUUCGAGAACUUGACGCCGCUUGAGUUUGACGAUCCGGACUUCAACGACACGAAAGCGGCAGCCGUUGCGUCCAGCACCGGUGUCGACCCCGAGGCACUCAAGGAGGCUCUGGAGCGCACCCCGCGGGCAAACCGCCAACCGCCGCCGCAGCAGCUGUUUCCAGCCCAAGCCAAUCCCUUCAACGAGGCACCCUCACCGCUCGGGCGGACAGCCAGCCGCCGGCUACAAGAGCCAUCCAAAGACGUGGCAUCCACCACAUCGCGCAAGCGCCGACAAAGCCUCGACUACGACGACGCAGAGCUGCACGGGAUGAGCUACGCAGACCUGCACAAACAAGCCUUCGACUUCGACCCGCAGGCGGCAGCCCUCCAGCAGGCGGCCGUGCCCCCAGCAGGAGGGAGCAUUGAGGAGCGGCUGGAGCACUACAAGAGCAAGGGGAGCAUGGACCAGCACGAGUUCUUCACCCGCAUUUCCAUCGACGAGUGGGAUGAGGCGGGCGACUGGUUCCUGGCGCAGUUCGGCAGCAUCAUGCAGCGGCUGAAGCAGGCGCGCAAGGCCAAGCGGCAGCUGGUGCAGCAGUUCGAAGACGAAAUUGCCGCCCGGGAGGAAGCGGUGCGUAGCAAGAUUGACGGGAUCGGAAGGACGCUUGAGGACCUUAAGCAGGAGGGCCAGACGAUGAUGCAGGGGAAGGACGUGGAUGUGGAGCUCUGAGCGCCGCCCGGAGCGCUCAUACGUACGUUGUAAUCGUGGGGAUGGAACACAUUUGCUUCAUGGUAGGGGAUGUAUACGAACGAUUUUCCUUUGCCGUGGCUCUGGAGCUGUGGUUGUUUUUCUUUUGCAUUUACCUUGCGCUUUGACGUUCAACGAGCUAACGACCAAGAGUAACAUAAUGGCUUACGACUCAUGACUUACGACUGAUGACUGACGAAUUGACAGCCUCAAGAUGGGACGGGAUGCAGCACUGAGACGCAACGGUACAGGAAGUGCGUGUUGGACGGGGUA